AUGCGAUGUGAUGUGCACCCCGAAAUGCACACUGGGCCACAGCCGUUGCGCGCUCAGCACCGCCGGCUGACGGUCGGCCAGUUCCAACGUUUGCACGCCGGCUGGAGCCAAGCAAGUCCUCAUUCUUGCUGCCCUAACGGCACCACUCCGCGAGCGACACUUGGUCACACGAGGACGCCACGGUGCCGGAAUAAUGAAAAGCCAAAGGCAAAAAAAAAAACAAUAAGCACAAAGAUGGAGGAGCAGGCACGUACAAAUGGUGUGAAGGCCCGAGGAGAGCACAUUAACAUCAUAAAUAUAAUGCCUUGCGCCUCUGCGAUAGAAAAAAAAUGUGAUUCAGUUUCCUUCUGA